AUGUUUGGGAAACAAGACAAAAUGGACGUUAGAUGCAAUUCAGAGGCUGAAGCGAACCGGGUCUCGAAGAACGGACAUAAAGAGGGCAAGGAAAGCAAAGGGUCUGAAGGAAAUAUUUCUACUUCUUUUUUGAAGGAUCAACAAGGGACUUAUUCUGCCUCGGCGGUUUCGGAAGAUUGUAAUAAAAGUAAAUCUAGUUCUGCAGACCCGGACUAUUGCAGGAGGAUCCUAGUUAGAGAUGCCAAAGGUUCAAUAAGAGAGAUUAUUCUGCCUAAAGGACUUGAUCUGGACCGCCCCAAACGGACCCGAACGUCUUUCACCGCGGAGCAGCUGUACCGGCUGGAGAUGGAGUUCCAGAGGUGCCAAUACGUGGUGGGACGGGAAAGGACCGAACUGGCCCGGCAGCUCAAUCUUUCGGAAACUCAGGUAAAGGUCUGGUUCCAGAACAGGCGCACGAAACAGAAAAAGGACCAAGGCAAAGACUCGGAGCUGAGGUCCGUGGUGUCGGAGACCGCCGCCACCUGCAGCGUCCUCCGGCUCCUGGAGCAAGGCCGGCUGCUCUCCCCGCCGGGACUGCCCGGCCUCCUGCCCCCCUGCGCCACCAGCGCCUUGGGCUCCGCGCUGCGGGCGCCCAGCCUCACCAUCGGCACCACGGGCACCACCAGCUCAGGGACCGCGGGCGGCUCCCCGCACCCGCCAGCGGUGAGCAGCGCGGCUGGGCCCCCUCAGGCUGCGGGACUCCACGCCUCGCCCAGCGCCGGCCAUAACCUCUUCAGCCUGCCGGUGCCCACCCUCCUGGGCUCGGUGGCCGGCCGCCUGUCCUCUAAUCCCUUGACAAUGGCCGGAUCUCUGGCAGGAAACCUGCAGGAACUGUCAGCCAGGUACCUGAGCUCCUCUGCCUUCGAGCCCUACUCCAGGACCAACAAUAAAGAAGGCGCUGAGAAAAAAGCCCUGGACUGA